CUCACAAGUAAACAACAGCUACCAUGAUGUCUCUGCGAGGGCUGAUGAUGUUGGUAGUGGUGUUGACUGUGGUGGGAGUGGUGAUAGCCUACCCUGAUCCCUCUGCAGGAUAUCGCCGUAAAUUUGGAGGAGGUGGAUUUGGUGGUGGUGGACUUGGUGGAUUUGGUGGUGGUGGACUUGGUGGAUUUGGUGGUGGUGGACUUGGCGGUGGAUUUGGCGGAGGACUUGGCGGUGGAUUCGGUAGCGGCGGAUUUGGUGGCGGUGAAUUUGGUGGUAAAUUCGGUGGAGGUCGUGGUGGCUACCAUGGGUAGAAAGGAGAGACUGGAGGGAGAACCGAAUGAACACUUCAACGACAUCUUCUUGAGAACGACCUCAACGACGACCGUCUUCCACUGAAGCCACUACUACCCGUGGACAAUGUUUAAACAUUUACAUUAGUCUUCCAUAACAAGCCUAUUACACAAUGAA